AGGCCCACGCAGCGGAUGCGGCGGCGAUGCCACCACCACCACCACAUAGCUCAACGGCAGCGCAACCAAGAGGAGUGGGAGUGCAACUGGGAGCGACAGUGGCGCAACCGGGAGGAAUGGGGAUGCAACCAGAAAGAGCGGUGGCCCAAGGAGGAGCACCGCCGCGAGCAGCGGUUCAGGUCCCCGACCAGCAGGUGAUAAUGACCAGGCAGGAGAUGCAACAAAUGGUGGCGGAGGCAGCCGCGCAAGCAGUUCAGCAAGAUUUUGCGGAGAAGUUGACAAAUCAAUAUUUGAGCGCGGUGGCUCAGGAGAAAAUGUAUUUAACAUUGAUGGCGAUGAGACAAGGCGAGAAGGAAUCACUGCGUAAAUAUGUCGCUCGAUACAAUCUGGCUUGUUUGGAGAUUCCAUCGGCGGUCGACGAGGUCAAGGCGGGAGGAUUGAUAAGGAGUUUGCGGGCAGGACCGUGUCGGACUUCUCUGGCUAAGACUCCUGCUCACACGUAUGAUGAGGUGUUGAGGAGGUGUAGGAAAUAUAUCAAUCUCGAGGAGACUGAGGCGGAGUUUGCCAAACUAGAAGAGCUAGGUCGAGGGGAGUCGAGGAAGGAGAAAGCAGUUUCGCCCAAAAGGAAAGCCUCACCCAGGAGGGAGGGGCGAGCUAAGCAGGAUCGGGGGCGAGAGGACAGGUGGAAGGACCGACCUAUCUCUGGAGGGAAGAGAUUCCAUGAUUACACCCCAUUGAACGCGAAGGUAGCUGAGGUUCUGAUGGCCAUGGAGAAAGGGAGAGAUGGGAAAGAUGUGUCGUGGCCAAGGUCGAGGUUCGAGGGGCCCACCCAACCGAAGUCGAGGAGAUAUUGCGGCUUUCACAAAGACUAUGGCCAUACUACUGAGGAUUGUCGGCAUCUCAAGGACGAGAUUGAGCGCCUUAUUCGAGCAGGGCAUCUCAAGGA